AUGUGCCUCAAGUCAUACAGACACAACGCCAGCGGGAGUCGCAGAAGAGCUGGCAGAAGGGCAAACUCCGUAUACAGGCUGAACCGCGCAAGGAAGCAAGAGGACGACGGCGACGCUGAAGUGUUCGACUUGGAGAUUCGCAAGGAGAAGAGGACGGAGAAGAAGAAUGAAAGCGGUUUCUUUUACCCUUUUUGGCUUGUGGGCUUUUGCUUAGUCAUCAUAACCUCCACGAACGACGAGAGGAAGAACGACGCGGGACGAGCUGGGAAGAUGAACAGAUAUAGGAAUAUUCCAGGACGAGGUCCCCCGUCCAAGGCUACUCCUACCACGGUAUGCCAGAAAUGCUUGAAGAAAGAUAAGUUCAUCCCUUCCAUUACAGCUACGAAUGUACAACACAGCUUCAGGAGAGGCCGUACGGUGCGAGACCGUCUAGAACUCAGCAGCUGUCCAACCCGCGGCUCCGGCCACAGCUGUCGACCGAAGUCCCAAAUGAUUUACUCAGAACAAGCCCGGAAAGAGACUAUGAAGGAGCUACACGAAGUUCAAGGAAAAGAGCUAGAUCAGUGUCGUCAUGCUCUUCAGUAUCCACGAUAUCAACCAGCCGUUCACGGUCACCACCCGGCCGUUCGCGGCGAGAUACGCAACCUUCGCGGUCGAAUGCCCGUCCUCGUUCUCCAGCUAGAAUGGCGAGGCCUGAGGCAAACCAGGCAGAUCUUGGUUCUGAUGGUCAUGCAAACGAAAUGCCACAUCGAAUUCAUGACCAGAGCUCACACCGGUACCGACGGUCCCGAUACUCGGACUCUCGGGAGCCAGACAGGCGUCGUGAGAGAUCCAGAGAAGAUACAUCACAUAGAAGCAGACGCCCAGAGAGAAGACGAGAGAGGUCCACCAGUGAAGACGAGGAUCAACACAGUUUACCACGCUCGCGUGGCAGGGCGCCUAGACAACCUAGUUUUGAGGGCCACCCUGUCCGGCAAAACUCUCCACCUAGGCAACGAAGCCUAA